AUGCGGGAGGAUCAUUUAGUGCGUCUCGGCGAGCAGUUAGAGAGAUCUACCGAGCGUCUUCGGUGGUCUUACAAGCGGGUAGCCAAUUGGGAACGGGACCAACGUGUCUCCUCGUUGACAGCACGCUAUGGGCACGCAUUCACACGGCAUAUGUCCCUGGCAGAUAGAUUUGCGUCGGAGUGGGAGUCCGUGUUAAGCGCCAGCCAUCGCAAGGAGCCACUGGACUCGUUGCCCGCGGCGGUCCGGGAUUUCUCGACGAUCCCACAUGUGCAACUGCUCACUCCACUCGAUAAUGAACGCCUGCUGCUACCGAUAACGGAGGCCGAGGUGCUUUCAGCCGUCCGAGGGAUGAAUCGGUAUAAAGCGGCGGGUCCCGAUGGUCUCAAUAAUGAUUUUUACAAAGAUACAGCAGCGCUGAUGGUGCCGGCGCUUGUAGCUAUCGGCAACCAAAUUCUAGCGGGGGCCGACCUACCCCCCUCAUUUCUGUCGGCUUCAAUUAUUCCGCUUAUGAAGAAAGGUGACUCAGAUGACGCCAUGGAUUAUCGACCGAUCUCGUUAUUACAAACCGGGUACAAGGUUUUUGCCAAGGUGCUAGCUACGAGGGUGCAGGUGUGUUUACCGCGUAUCAUUAGUGACUCCCAACAAGGUUUUGUUCACGGGCGCUGUAUGACCAAGACGGUAAUGAUGAUGAUGGCCCAACUAACGACGGCGACGGAGCAGAUCGACUUGACGGCGGAAGACAGUCGCUGUAUCUUAUUACUCGACUUUCGGAAGGCUUACGAUACUGUGGACCGAGAUUUCUUAUACGAGUCCAUGCGUCUAUUUGGUUUUACAGAAAGCUUUAUUGACCUCAUCUGUCGGAUCCACACGGGCACGACUGCAACUUUUGUCGUUAAUGGAGGUCGAUCCGCCGCGCUCCCGGUGCGUUCCGGAAUCCGGCAAGGCUGCCCGCUUGCGCCUCUCCUCUUUUUACUCGUUGUAGAGGUAUUAGGGCUCGCCCUCAAGCAAGACCCGUCACUCAAAGGAUUGCCAGUGCCUAGGACUGUCGACAGGACUCAUCUCUUUUCGGCGUUCGUCGAUGACUCAACGCUCUUUUUGGACACGGCAAAACAAAUCCCCCAUGCUCUCGGAAUUAUUCAAGCGUUUGGGAAUCUGUCAGGCCUUCAUGUGCAACCAGCAAAGAACAAGCUUCUUUUUUUGAACCGGGCCAUCUCCAGAGCGAGCUUUGCCGGUAUAGACAUCGUGCCCUCCGGCGCCACUACCAGGUACCUUGGGUACGAGAUCGGGACCGGGCCUCUGGACAACAAAAAUUGGGCUCAUCGGAUCCGGACAAUUCAGCGCCGCCUCCUCACUGCGACGAGGGUGGCGACAAGCGUUGAGAAUAGGGUACUCAUCCUGAACUCCAUUGUUCCCCCCUCCUUGCUCUUUACGGCGUCCGUCUUCGACGUCCCUCGAUGGGCGGAAAAAGAGGUUCAUAAUUUAUACAAGAACUUUCUAUGGGAGCACGCGACUGUGACCGACAAUAGCCGCCACAAGGUCAACCCAGGCCUGCUAGUGACGCCCAAACAGGCUGGGGGGAUUGGGCUUAUCGAUUUCUCAGUAGCUGUCAAGACUCAACGGACGAAGCAUACGAUUAGUUGGCUAACGCAGCGCCAGAACAAGUAUUUUGACGCAUGGCGAGUAUGGGGUUUUCGGGGAGAGCCUCCGGGUACUGCGAAGAAAAUUUCACCAGCUACGGCUACUAGGAGGGCGGAGUCACGAUGUAGCCGCUCUAAGUACCAGGCACUGACGCAGGAGCUUGGAGAAUGGCUCGCACCUACACCAGCACAACUUGGCAGCCUGAAGUCGUGGAUCGCCAGUCAAUCGCCGGCUCUGCUUGAACGGGCCGCCAGCUGGUGGGAAGGGGAGGAUUACGUAUUGUCGUAUUAUCAAGCCUUUCCUCGGCGGCCGGUGGGGGCCGAUGACUUUCCAUUAGAAAUUCAGCGGUUUUGGCACACCUUGAAUUGGAGUGCAAACCCCUGGAUCCGGGAUAUGAGCGGUAAUCUGCUGACGCGCAGCAAAUACGAUCGGAUAGCAGUAUGCUCUCUGGAAGUGCUUAACAUAGUGCGCACAGGUCCGGCAGAAUUUGUGAUGACUGUGCCUCUGCCGCUACGCCACCCAGGCCCUCACUCAGGAUCCAAAUUAGGGCGGUGGGCGACAGCCUUGCUCUUAUCCUCACCCGAAUUACAAAUUGGAGAGGCUCUAAACACGCCACCAGCACUCCGACCCCGACACGAGCCUCCUUUCACAGUCAGCUUUGACUGGAGGCUGAACAGCGCUGGCAGCAUUGAAGGUCGGCCAUCGUCCAGUUCGAGGAGCCCACCCACGUCUUUCACUCUACACCAAGCCAGUGACGGGCUGCGAUGGUUUUUUCAGGGAUCGGUGCCGGAGCUAAUCGCCGAGUCCGACAUCGCUCGACAGGCGCUUACCCGCGAGCUCUUGACAGGAGGGCUCGUUUUUGAAGCGAACCCGCAGCUUCACCAUUUUCCUUGGUCCGUUCUGGACAAAACGUCCAACAUUCACAUCGUUCAGGAAGCUUUCCGGUUACACAAGAAAGUAUUUGCCCGCCCCCUGAAGGAUUUUAUCUCACGUCUCGACGACAGGGCUAUCAUCGACAAGUGGCAGAGUGCCGCUCUCAGGCAAUCUCCGCGGCAAGUGUGGGAUCAUUGUCACGGACUCUCUCCGUAUCAAGUCUGGACAGGGUAUCGGGUCGCGACGCGCCAGCUCAACCUGUACCAUGCGGCGCGUCCUGAGGACAAUAGUUGCCGGAAGGCACCAGCCUGUCACGGAUGUGAAGAGACGAUCAUGCAUGUCUUUUGGGAGUGCAACAGCGCAACUGCCCUAUGGAUUAAACUGAUUGAGCACUGGACCGGGGAACGCGCGUCCCGCGGGCGGACCCAACAAUUCUUGGUCGCCUGCGCCAGUCGCCAGGCCCACACGAUACAGUCACACCGGAUGAAAAUCUUAAACGACCGAUUUCAAGACGACGUAGCUGCGGCCAUCCGCGUAUGGAAAGAAAUAUGGCACAUCCUGGCGACGAUGCGUCAGACAAGGAUAUGGACAGACCGGAAUGCGGCGGUCUUCCGGGCAGAGUCUAUCGAUAUUACUAGGGGUACCGAAAAUUUCUGGGCCUCGUGCAUCCGCCAGCUUCGAGCUAUAGCACAGAGGCGGCAUCGAAAAGUAGCAACAGCAAUUACCGGGGCAGUGCUUUAUGCAUGCAUCGAGUUAUUGGAAACCGAACCAAGAGGGUUGCCAGUGGUCACUGGCACCAGCCACGAAGAGCCCCCGGGUACCCCGGCGCUUACGUCCUGGCUUAGUUUAUACCAGAGAUCUUGCACGUAG